UAUAAAACGACCGCUUGAGUUGCAGGUCGACCCAAGGAUCAAUUUCCGUCCAAAGCCUCCGAAACUCGCGCGGCGGCGGUCGAUCCAAGGGAUGGCUCAGGAAACCGAGCGCGAUGAACCCAACGUUCACAUGGUGCCUACAAGCGCUGGAACUUUGCAUGGGAGUGACGAGGGACGAGAAGACGUCGACUUUCUUGACUUCCGCGCCAUGUUUGCAUCGCCAGCGAGGAUAGCGGCCGAGGCGGCCGUCGGAUCAACCAUAUUCAACAACGAACUCGAACAAUCUCCUGCUCACCCACAAUCAAGAGCUGAUAGUGGCAAGUUGUUCUCGCCGUUGCGAGUUAUUUAUUCCCCGUCCAAGUUCUUUCGGAGCCCCGUCGUCGGAAAGGACUCGGAGUCGUCGUACGCGUUGACGACACCUGUGAUGCUAAAAAAGUCUAAACAACAGCAGGGACGCACCACGACUCAAAUCCCGCCUUUGUCCGCCGAGAAAGCAGGUCCGCUCACGAGUCCGUUCUCGGGAUGGAAGGUCGAACAUGGCGAGAAGUACCGGUUCAUGCUGUCCCCGAUGCCCGUCGUCGCGACCACGCCCGUUGCCUCCAACGACGACGACAACCGAAGCUUCCUCACGUUUGCGCAGUCGUUGCCUGCGAUCACAGAUCUCAACAACCUGGACUCGUCGCCGUCCGUGACAGUGUCCCCGCUCACGCCGGAGCCGCCUCUGGCCAAACUCGAACCUGGUAGUUGUUACGGCAAGGACAGGACCCCCGACACAGACACAGAGUGCCCAGCUCGGGUCGUGACCCAGCGCCUCGAGUUCACCGACUCGCCGACAUCAGCGUACUUUGAGCCCCUAGCGUCGUUUCCAAACAUCCAAGCGUCGACGAGCGAUGCUCCUGGUCGAGACCAUCGGACGUCGGACGUCGUCGGGCGCAAGUCCGUGACGCUGCAAUUCGCCCAUCCCAGUGUGAUGGGCGGCCAGGCCACAAGCCUCAAAUCCAUCAACGAUUCCAUGCGAAAAGGCAAGGCCAAAGUGAACAAAAACGCCAAGGCUUUUAAAGCCCUUCGGUUGGUAGAGGACACCCCGCCGACUUCUUUGACUGCGGCACCACCUUCGUCGAAACGCCAGCUUGACGAGUCCAAGGCAAUCCUCCACAGUCUGCUUUCUACAUCGUCGUCUACUAGCUUCAUCGCCCCGUCCAUCUCGGACGAAGGCGUGCGGAAAAAAGCGCGUGUCCAACUGCCGCCACCGCUGCCGCCACCGCCACCACCUAUGCCGACGACAACGCCCGCCUUGAGUCAGAACGACAGCAGCAAUAGCAGCAGCCGAUCCGGCAAUCAUAGUACUAGUAGCAGAAAUACUACUACCAACGUCGUCAUCCCAAGGAGCGGCGGUGGGAUGCCCGGGCAAGCGGCCGUCACCCCCAAGAAGCGAAACCCGUGCAACUGCAAAAAGUCACAGUGCCUCAAGUUGUACUGCGAAUGCUUUGCGUCGGGUUCCGUUUGCGACGAAAACUGCAAGUGCGUGGGCUGCCACAACAUUCCCAAGUUUGACAUACAGAGAAAGGAAGCGAUUGCGAUCACAUUGGAGCGCAACCCGAACGCGUUCAAGCCCAAGAUCAACACGACGACCAUGCCGUCCAACCACGACCGCCAGCCGCGUCAUUCCCAUCAUACCCAGCAUCAUCAUCAGCAUCAUGGCCACGAUACAAGCGGCAGCAGCAGCACCCCCUUUGGCACCACUCUGGUCCAGACACACCACCACGGGUGUCACUGCAAAAAGUCGUUUUGCCGGAAAAAGUACUGCGAGUGCUUUCAAGCGGGCGUGCCAUGUGGUGACAAUUGCAAAUGCAUCGAUUGCAAAAACCAAGGCCAUGCCAACCCCCCAGGACAAGAGUUGUUUGCGGCGACGGCCAACAUCAUCAUGACCUCGUCGACGAUCCGACCGCCGUCGCAGCCACAAUACACACACGCCCAUGUGACAGAGAUAUCCGACACAAAGCCACCAUCGUUUGGCGACUUUCGGUCCACGAUCCUGCGGCAGGACAAGCUCAAAGGCGCGGCAGAGGCCCAUGUCAAGCGGAAACUCGUCGUGUAUCCGCUGUUUGGUCCGUCCAACCCGCCGCUGCAAAAGGACGUGGCCGUGCACAUCUUGCAGCAUCUGGACGGCCCCGAUCUGUACAACGCGAGCAUUGUCAACCGACUGUGGAAUGGCAUGACGAUGAGCACCGACAUUUGGGAUUAUUCCCAGCUGGAUAAAGUCCCAUAGAAUCAAUCGUCCAAUGCGUCUGUCGUGUGGAAUCAGCUAAGCUGGCUGCUAGCUUGUAGCUAGUGUACAGUAUACCGAGCACUGCUGUACAUGGC